UUGAAUGAAGGUAGUAAAAGUGGCACCUCAACGUGCCCCGAGAGAAGGCUUUUGUUUGCACCAAGCAAGGAAAUAAAAGGACAAAUAUAGGCAUGAAGUAAGAACUGACUUGUCAAUGGUCAAAAGCAAAGUAGUUACCCCACUCUAACUUGCUACCUCUCACAAACAUUCAAAUGCAGAUCCCGCCACCCUUUUCUCUGAUAUAGCGAAAUUCAAAUCUCACUUUUGAUUGCUCCCAUUUCGUAACCAUUGCAACUUUCUCUUUGGAGAGUUCGAAAUCCAAAAAGAAAAUCAUUCCCCUUUUUUCAUCAUUCUAUUCUCUUUAGCUCUUUUUCUUGUUUACUAGAUCCUUCAACAUGAAGCUCUUGAUAUCACCAUCUUAUUCAUCUACACCGUCAUCUUCAUCCACCCUUAGCUUGGAUCCAUCUUUGUGCAACUCCAAAAGUGCCACAGCAGGGUGUCUCACUGCCAUCUUGCGCAGGAUUCUCUGCUCUGGUGGCCUUCCAACACACCCAUCAGACCAAUUAAGAGAACUUGAUUCAAUGUCAAAGAUGGGUGGAAAAGUUCAAGAAUUGAAGACUAAACCAGACAAGGAAUCUACCACCACUACUACUAUUACUCCUGGGUUAGUGGAAAGAUUAAUGGGUUUGGAACCAAUGGGUGAGAGAGAGAGACCCAUUGAAUCAAGUUCUUCACUUUCACGUAGCAAAUCCAUGAACUCUGUGGACUACUUGGGGGAAUGCAAGCGAAUGGAGGGUCUUCAGAAUCAUGCCAAAUCUUCAUCAUUCCGCGAGUUCCCAACUAUGCUUGAAAAUGAGAACUUCUUGGUACUCAGCUUCGAACGUGGAUGUGAUGAUGGAGAAUUCAGGUCCAAAGAGAGGAAGAAAGAAAAGGGUUUGAAAGAUAGAGGCGAGUUCAAGAGAAACAAGAGAGAAAAGGUGCAUGAUGAGAAGGGGAACUUAUCAGACAUGUCUUCUGCCAAUGUUGGAAAUGAUGGCGAACACAAAAUUCAAUUUGCCAACACUUCUACAUUGUUCAUGGCUUAUUUUGAAAAGGAGUACCUUGAUUCAGAAACGGCGAAAUUCUCACACAACAUGAACCGCAAGGAAGUAACCAAUGGUGAGAAAGUGAAGAGGAGAAAGAAGGGAACAACGUGUUAUGCAGAAAAGAAGGUGGACACUGAAUGUGGUUCAGAAGAUUCAAGUCCGGUUUCUAUCUUUGAUUUUGAGCGGGAAGCUCCUGGAACAGGUGUGGAUUCCUUUGGUGUUGAUACGAGUUGGAGAAGAAAAUUGUCACCGGAGCUUGAGAAUGACAAGCUUUGUGUUUUGAAUUGUGAUAGUAACAUGAUGAUUGAGGAGAUGAACAAACUUGAAGGAUCUAAGAGAACAGAGAAGCAAAGCCAAGAUUGUGUAGAUAUUUGGGGAGAAAUUUGUAGGCUAGUUGAAGGUGAAAUGGAAUCAAACAAGUUAGAGACAGGAUUGAAGAAACAAGGUGAUUUUGAAUGUUUAUGUGCUGAUUUUGAGUCAGAAAUUUUUGAUCAAUUGUUACAGGAGUUCAUCUUAGAUCAACUUGCAGGGAAUCCCUUGAAAGCAUUGCAACUUCAAAAUUUGUAAAAGAAGAAAAUCAAUGAAGUGUAAAAAGAUUUUGAUUC